AUGGAUGUUCUCAAGGCCGUGCAGACCUACGUGAUCAAAAUGAUCACGGAGGUGCCCGGAAUGAAGGUCUUGCUGCUCGAUGCUCACACGACGGAACUGUUAGCCCACGAGGUGUAUCUCACAGAUAGAAUAGACAAAGUCUCUGAGCCACCUGAACUGUGUCGCAUUCUUGUCGCCGACAGAGCAGUCAGUGCACUGACGGAGACAGUCUUCUCGAACGUACUUACGAAGGGCCAGAUUGAGGAGAUGGCGAGUGUCGAUGAGUUCGAGGUGGUUAAGGAGGUCCAGACGCCGCCAUACCGAGACUUGUUCGAGUUCCGGACGAACGCGGGGCCCGCGCCGCUUCUUUUGAUCCUCGACCGAAGAAACGACCCGGUAACGCCGCUGCUCAGCCAGUGGACAUACGAAGCGAUGGUACACGAGCUGCUGGGCAUUGUGAACGGACGCGUGCACGUGCCGGGCGAGGAGAAGCUGGAGCUCCGCGACCUCGUGCUGUCAGCCAGCAGCGACCCGUUCUUCUCGGCGCACCUGUUCGAGAACUUCGGCGACCUCGGUGCUUCGCUCUCGCAGUACGUCACAGACUACUCUGCCAAGACCUCGUCCAUGGGAGCAGCAGGCCAGGCGGCGAACCGCAUCGACACGAUCGCAGACAUGAAGCGCUUUGUCGAGGAGUACCCCGAGUUCAAGCGGCUGGGCGGCAACGUGAGCAAGCACGUCGCGCUCGUUGGCGAGCUCUCGCGUGUUAUUGAGCGUGACGACCUGCUCAACAUCAGUGAGGUCGAGCAGUCGCUUGCCUCGCAAGAGUCCCACGCCGCAGACCUGCGAAGCGUGCAGCAGCUCAUCGCGAGUCCCAAAACGCCAGCGGCGAACAAGCUCCGCCUCGCAAUCCUGUAUGCUCUGCGAUACCAGAAGUUUGCCGGAAACGCGAUCGCCUCUGUCGUCGAUGCGCUUCUCGCAGCCGGUGUGCCCGCCGAGCGUGCGCGCCUCGUGUACGUCAUGCUUAACAUCGCCGGUGCCGACGAGCGGCAAGACGACCUGUUCAUGAACGAGAACCUGUUCAGCCGCGGCAAGUCAGCCUUGAAGGGCCUCAAGGGCGUCGAGAACGUGUACACGCAGCACACGCCUCAUCUCGCCGAAACGCUCGAUCUGCUCCUGAAGGGCCGGCUGCGCGAGUCCUCCUACCCCUUCGUAGAGGGCGGGGAGGCGGCGCGCACCCAGCGUCCGCAGGAUAUCAUCCUCUUCAUCCUCGGCGGCGCGACGUACGAGGAGAGCCGGACUGUGGCGCUGCUGAACCAGCGUCUGGCGGGCGACGCGGGCGGGCCUGGCGGUACGCGCAUCCUCCUCGGCGGAUCCUGCGUGCACAACUCUGAGAGCUUCCUCGACAUGAUUGCGAAUGCGGCCACGACGUGGCCCGAGACAGUGUACCAGCCCCCGCCCAACCUCGGCGUACCUAGCAGCCACAACAGUCUUGCGUCCACGCCUACCCCGGCGGCGGGCGGUGUGGCUGCCCCAGCUCCUGGAGGGCCGAGCAUCAACCUCCGCGCGGGAGGGUAUGAGCUCUCCGUCGGCGGUGCGGGCGGCACGGGCCUCUUCAGGUCACGAGACAACGACGUCAACCUCCAGCUCCAGGGCAUUGCGCAAGUGGGAGAGGGCAUUCGCGACGGCGCGGGACGGCUGUGGGGCAACGUCAGGCAGAGGAUGGAGGAGCGCGUCAACCGUGUCGGGACGCCGCCAGUGUGA